UCUAGAUUGUUUAUGUUUUCACAGUACGUCAGCCGUUCACGAUGUAAACAAACGAUUGGAGGCCAACAAAAGACCGUAAUAAUGUGAUUUCUUAACUUUAUGCAAGGUUGGUUCACUUUUAUGUCUAGAAGGCAUUGUGACACUGCUUUUUCUUUAAUAAUCGCUCAAUUUUUGUUUGAUUGUUUAAUGUUUAUAACUGCGCUGUAUUCCCACGUUCGACUUCGAAGCGAUCAGAUAUUGGCUAGCUGUAAACUGGUUAUGUUUUACAUUUAUGGCUUAUUUACCCAAAGUCAACAACGUUUUAUAUAUCCCUGAAUUCUUGUUGUAAUUCGCUUGAUAAAUGUUAACAAUUGGUGUUUUCUAAUUUUAUGGCAUGACGAUUGUUGAUUGUAACAUUGUGAUUGUCGUCGUUGACUGAUAGAGUGUUCAUAAUACAAUAUAAAAGAAAAUGCCACAUUGUUUUUGAAUUUCUGGUGUUAUAUUGUUAUUGCAUGAAGGCACUUAAAUUAUGAUAUUAUCACCAUUAAACUUCUGCUUUUGAAUUAUAAUCACAAAUGAAAUCAACAAGAUUAUAGUCUAUGUUUACAUUUUAGGCUAAUAUUAAAAAAAAGAUGCAUUGUGCAAAUGUGGAUUUUUGAGAGCCAACUGUUUUAUCCGAAAAAGCUGAGGCUUUCGGCUAUCCCUUGAAGAGAUGGCAUUAGAGUUACCUGAUGGCGAGUCGACAAGAGAACUCAUCAAGUGCGUUGUUGUGGGGGAUGGUGGGGUCGGGAAGACUAAGCUCAUUUGUGCACAAGCUCUCGGACAAUCUAUUCAGCCCGAGCCUAAACGCACACAUGUGCAUUGUAUCCACGGAUCACACAAACCCUCGGUAUUUGCAAUUGAUAAGUACUACAAGUCCGCCGAGAUUCAAGCAAGAAGCAACAUGAUAGUGGAUGGUGUGCCAGUUGCGUUGCGGUUAUGGGACACAUUUGGUGAUCAUCAGAAAAAUCGAAGGUUUGCAUAUCAAAAUUCUCAUGUUGUUGCUCUGUGUUUUGCAGUCAACUGCCCUCAGUCUUUGGAAAGCGUUAAUCAUUUCUGGUACAACGAAAUCAAGAAUUUCUGUCCAAAAACACCAAUCAUAUUGAUAGGAACUAAAUCCGACUGUCGGCAAGACCAACCACCAGAGGAAGCAAAGCCUUUGAGAAGAACAAAUUUCUCACAAAAGAUCCGCGAGUGCACUAUUGUCACUCCUAGGAUGGGCAGGCAGAUUGCGCAGGAAAUUGGAGCGUACUACUAUGAAUGUAGUGUUCUUUCAAUGACUGGAUUGCAAGAUGUUAUUCUAAACGUCAUCCGUGCUGCACUUUGCAAGCAAAGAGGAAAGAGGUUACUGUCUAAACAACUAAGAAAGGUUUUACUACCUCAGUUGCAAGUGCCACAGAAACCCCCACGACCCCAGACCCCAGUUAUUGAAGUUCCACCCUCAACAUAUCACAAUGAUUUAACAACCCUUCUAGAAAGUCUGUUUUGUUAUGAUGUGGUCUUUGUUGUUGAAGGUAGACAGAUUAAAGCCCAUAAAGCUAUGCUCAUAGCGGGAGCCUGUAAAAUGCCAAUGCUUUUUGCUGAUCAACCCAUUGAUGGAACAGAAUGCUCUGUAGAGUCACAAAGUGUCUCUGACGACGGGCACAUUUUAACCGUGAUUAUCGCAGAGCCAUCGCUUACCUUUAAUGCACUAAACAGCCUUCUUCAGUAUCUUUAUUCUGGUUCCAUGCCAACGUGCAAUGUUUCCUCAGAAAUAAUUGAAGCUGCAAAAUUUUUAAACACCACUAUUACCAAAGUUGUAAGUGAGCAAAACGAUGCUGUGAACAGUUUGGCCUUCUGGAAGACUGUUGUUGCGAAAAACAUGCAGGAAUUACUUUUUGAGAAACAGUCGGUGUUUGCUGAUAUAUGGUUUGACUUGGAAGAUAAUGUUAUUCCAGCACAUAAAGCAAUCUUGGUAUCCCGUUGUCCGAUGAUGGCUGCAAUGUUUCAAGAAGGUCAUUUUGAAGAAGCCAACAGACAAAUAGUAAGUAAUAAGGUACAUUUUAAGGUUAAGAAAGUUCAUAGGCUACUAAUUGAAGAGAAAGAAUUAGGGGUGCAGAAAGAGAUCUGCCCGAAUUUUUUGCGUUUUUCCCGACUUAUCAAAAACAAAUAUGUCCAUAUAAGACAAUGCAAGUCCCAAUAUUCAUGUGGAUUGGGGGAGGGAGUUUGAAAAUUUUCAAAAUGUUUAACAUUUAUGGAAACUUACAUAUUUCUGCAUUUUUUGCUGCAGCCCCCACCCCCCCAAAUAAUGACAUUGUAAAUUUUAAAUUAUGUAUCAUAUUACAAAUAAUGUAAUAUUGGUAACUGAGUAAAAAUUGUUGAGACUGAAUGCUGGCUCACUAGAGGCCAUGUUUGUGUGGGCAGAUUUAUGUCCAGCCAUCAAUGGUAUUAUGCAGAAAUAUUUAUCUGUUAAGAGUUUACAAGUUUGCAGCUGCAACAUUACUGCUAAAAACGUCCCUAUUUCUACUGGGCCAGACAAUUUAUUGCAAUAUGAGCCAAUAUAAGGAUUCUAGUAUCAACUAUAAAUAUUCCUUAAUACAGUGCAGUGUAUAUGUUUAAUAUGGUAAACUGUUGAGUGAGCAACAAUAAUACAAGUUAGUUCAAUCAGCUCAAAGUAAUGAAUUAAGAGGAAAAACAAACAAACGCGCGUCACUGUAUCUUUCAUUAUGUAGUUGCUCUCACAGUACUGAAGUCCAUUUUCCACUAGGCGAAUUUGUUCACGCGACGUGAAAAACAAAUUUUGGCAAUGUGAUUAUGUGAUUGCCAGAAUGGUCAGCGAAAAAAUUCGCGGCGAAAAAGGUGGAUCAGUUCCUACUUUUUUACUGUUCGCGCGAACAAAUUCGCGUCGCCUAGUGGAAAAUGGGCUUUACAUGCCUUUUUAAAAACCGCGCAACCUUAGGCUAAACCAUGAUGUGUUUAACAAACUAAUAUUAAAUAACUUACUAAAGAGUAAAGUCAUAAAAACUUCGUGAUAUAAACAUACAACUUCUUUUCAUUUUGUACGGACCCAUGCAUGCAGUGAAACUCCACCGGGUUCUCAAUUCUCCCCUCUGCUGCGCGCUUUUAAUUUUUGGCAAUCAAACAGGGACUUUCUAUUUCAUAUUGCUCUUUAAACAAAACUUUUUUUAUUAUCUGUUUAUUUUGUUAUUCUCGAACUUUUCCUUUGCCGAACUUAAUGCAAAUUAGCUCCAAACUUUAACAAUUGUGUGAAUUAACAAUUACGUAACUUUCGUUGGACUUCGCCGUACUAGACUCGCCAACUGUAGUGUUGUUCUUCAAACUCCACUUUCUUAAGCGUAACUAUUCUCAUCUUCUUCAGACAGUCUAUGAUGAUGAAUUGUCCUGUACGUGGUCCUUAGGCUUAGCACCAGACUGUCCUUGUCACAGGACAUAUAGCUUGUCUGUACAGUAUAUGUCUAUGUCUGUCUUAUUUAAUGUCUUUCCGCAUGCAUAUCUUGUUUACUUACUCAGGGUUCGUAGCAGUCUUUGAAAUCAUUGAAAGUCUUUAAAUUUGAAUUCAGGUCUUUAAGGUCUUUGAAAAGUCUUUGAAUUGUGUGAAAAAGCGAAGAAAGUCUUUAAAAGUCUUUAAAUUCUUUAGUUAGUAUUUGAUUAUACGAUUUCCUAGCUAAUACAAUAGAUUGAUUGAAGCAAGAUUUUCGCAAAUAUCGACGAAAAGGUGCAUUUUAGGAUCUGAUUUGAAGGGACUAAUUACCGGGUAAAAAUGGUGCUUACACUCGCAAUUUUUCGACAGCUGAUUGCUCUCAAAGGUCUUUGAAAAUAGGCAGAAAAAAUCUUUGAAAGUCUUUGAAUAUUUUUGGUCUUAGAGACUACGAACCCUGUUACUCGAUCGCUCUACACUUAUUAUAUUGAAUAUUGAUCCAAAUAAAUUUGUGUAUUGUGAAAUUUAAUUAAAGUUAAAUUAAAAAUGUACUGAAUAAUAUGUUCGGCGUAUAAAAUAUUCGGCGUCUGAAACAUGGCGUAUCUAAAACGCUACUAUAGCUUGCGCUGAUGACGAUCUGGUGACGAUCGAAAGCUUUUCAAAAUAACUAUCACACUAAUAACAGGUUCUAUUUUGUGAAAAGCAGAACAGUGAAGGGAAGAUUUUUGUUUUCAAGGUCAAACUUCCCGGCAUGAAUUUGAAAGCGUUCCUAGCGGUACUGGAGUAUCUUUACACUGACGAGAUAAGCAAGACUUAUCAAGGAAGCAAAAUUGCUGCUAUGGCUGUUGCGAAUUUCUUCUGUCUGCCAAGAUUGGUUGCUCUCUACGAGAAAGUGAUUGUUGAUGAAAUAGAGACGGAUAUGUUCAAUGUUAAGAAUGUUGUUGGUAAGUAUCUCCCAGGGAUGUCGGAACCACGGGUGCAGCGGGUGCAAGUGCACCCCAUGCCUUUUGUAUUCAUAAAUUUUUGGGUGCAGUGCGGGUGCAAACUAUGGAUGCAACGGGUGCACAAAAGAUUUCAAACAAAUAGGUUACAUUGGAGGAGUUUAUUAAGUUUAUAUAUGUUAUAAACAAUGAAUUUAGUUUCAUAACCUAUAGCUAGUAAAUGGCCACACAAAACUUUUUUCAGUAGAAGAGAAAGCGAAACAGUUUUCUGCUAAUUCUGCAUGUGUGCCUUAUUUUAAUGUUUGAAAUAAAUAAAAGGUUGCUUCAUUGCUUGUGUUUGAUUUUAAAUAAGGUUAUAAGUAGGCAAAUGCCCUUUCAUUUUUGUUUCUGCCCUUUUUUAAAAAAUGUGCCCUUUUGAUAGCAAAUCGCACCCCCUGGCCCUCAGCAACUUCCGGCAUCCCUGGACUAUCUUCUCAUCUGCCGAGCUUUUACAUCAACGAUGGAUUAGGUCAGUCCAUUGUUUUGCGCAAAGUGCGCAAGGCAGCAAACUUUGAUUCCAAUUUUUUGAACUUCCAUUUUAGCGCAAAAUUGGGUACACUCAAAAGCAGUCAAGGGCUCUAUAAAUUUAUAAAUACACCAUGCUAUACACACGUAAAAACGCACAAGUUGUUACAGGUCUGCAAACAAGUUGUUACAAAUUUGUUCGCAAGCUUUCGACAAGUUGUCUUCGCACUGCUUGUUCCUAGUUGUUGUAACAAGUUUGGAACAAGCUGUUAACAACUUGUAACAAGCUUGAUGGCAUUAUCAGACGUGUUACAAGGUUGUUCUAACGAGUCCGAUACAGUCAUGAUAUAGCAAGAAUGUUACAAGGUUGUAACAAUAUUGUUAUAUCAUGACUGUAUCGGAACAACCUUACAACAAGUCUGAUAAUAUCAACAAGGUUGUUACAAGUUGUUGUCGGGUUGUUCCAAACUUGUUGACAACUUGGUACAAGUAUAGUGCGAACACAACUUGUUGACGAAUUGCUACAACUUGAAAACAGCCCAUAGUAACUGCCCUUGCAUACUGUGAACGAACCUUUAAACUUUAUUUCAGAAUAUUUACUCGAGGCAGAGAUGCACAACGCGACACAACUGAAGGCAUGGGGCGAGCAUUACAUCAUUACUAAUUUUGACAAAAUCAACGUGAAUGCACUGAAAAUGCUUCCAAUAAAGACCGCGAGGAGUCUGGAAUCCAGAAGAUGGCCACCAGUUUGGUAUUUACUGGAGAAUGACUGGUACACUAAGGCUGCGAUGAGGGAAAAGACUAAAUUACAAAAGAAACACAAGUAAAACAGAGAACGCUUGACAAGAUAUAGGUCGGUAUCACUAACUUGGACAGUGCUGCAAAUGUUGGUCAAGUACAGUAUUAUCUGGGUGUUUUACUAUUGUAGUGUUUGGUGUGCUGUACAGUAUGUAGUAAUAUCACAAAAUAGGAACCUUACAGAAGGUCGACCUGUUGGUUGUGUCUAUGAUUUUGGCGUAACCGUUGCAAUGCUGUCAGCGCAGUCUUUGUCAGUGCGCUUAUGUGAGGGAUUCACCCCACUGAAAAUAUUUUAAAAAGGUGGCCGUUCAGGGGAUGAAUGCCUCUCAACCGUGACGAAUCAUUGCGAAUCAUGACGUGGCAGGGGUUAUGCUUUUUUUGACUGUAUCGAUCUUCUGUUUGUUUCCAUUCUGUGGUAAUAUUUAAUGCAAUCUGUUCGCGCUCUCAUAAGUAUCAAUACGUUGACUACCACGCGCGGCACCACAUACAAGAUAUUCACUGAAACUCACCUAUACGCCAUGCAGGGUCUGAUUGUUCAAAAGCUGGUUAGCCUAAGCCUGGGUUAACUUGAAGUUCAAAGUAUACUUUCCAACAGCUUGUUUAUAAACUUGGAAAUAUUUUUUCAGAAAUCUUAUCUGGGAUCAUCAGAAGUUUAAUUUUCGAAAGUUUUGAAAUAAACAGACGUGCAGAAUUAUGUACAUAAACCAAAGCAAUUGGACCCAUGUAGCGGAAAUUUCUCUUAUAUACAUAGUGGGAUGUAGAAUAGGGAUUUGGGGUUCGGCUGUGCACUACAAAAUAGAUAUGUAAGUAUAUAUAUGUCGAUAGAAAAUUGAUAAAAUGUAUUAAUUUCCUGUUAACCAUUUAGGCAUAUAGAUGGUGCUGACAAAUCAUCUAUUCUUCUAUGUUUAAUAAAAACACUAACUAUUAAGUGAAUUGUUAAAAGUUUAUAUUCUAAAUUUAGUAUAGUUCUACAAGAAAAAAAGAACUAAAAAUGUAUGAAGACAUUAUAUAUAGCAGAUUAACAGUGAGCAUUUGCUCUCAUAACUGUGGGGCAAAAUAUAGUUAAGAUUCUGUCUAUUUAAUCUGCUUUAGUCUAAGUUAAAUACGGGGUGUAUAUGUAGUAUAGCGGGGAAUGCAUGAAAUGUAAUAUGUAUAUGCUACUUUAAAAGUAGUUGCAGCUAUUUAAAUUAUAGAUUUUGUAAGAAAAAAUAAAAAUAUGUGCACAAUUUCUAUUUUUCUCUAAUCGCGUUACAAUAGAAUUUGAGUUUGAAACUUAUAACUUUAAAAAAAUUACAGACAGUAUUCCUUGUCAUACUGAUUAUAAUAUAGAACUCCAAAAACUAACAAUAGUACAAUUUAAACAUAUAUACUGUCACAAUUUUAUAAUUGAAACAUCUAAUUAAUACAUUGAUACUCAGGCCUCGAUCGAACAAGAACGAGAGUACAUGAGAAUUGGCAAUCAAACGAUCUUGGUUAGCUGUUCUUAAUGCUUUCCCCCAACAUUAUCAUAUACUCUUGAUAUUUGCUGUGUUGGUGUAAUGUACUCAGGUGAAUAAGAUGCUUGUGUGAUGUUAUUUAAGUUAAGACAUAGUUGGAACACUCACAAAACCUUUAUUUUGUUAAUCUAGCGCUUGAAAUGGUCCUGGUAACUUCGUGACUGCCAAUUCUCGUUAACUCUCAUUAGAGAGUUUAAGCUUCGCGUUAUACGGCAAACGGCAAACGCCAGGCAAAGAAAACAUUUACGGUAUUAGGCAAUAAAGAGUAAAUGAACUUGCUGUUUUAAAACUGAAAUACAUAAUUAUUCUUUCGACGCAAGAAAGAAAAUAUGAAACGAAAACGUUCAAAGAAAAUUUUGCCAAGAAAGUUCGAACCUGCCGUUUGCCGUUCCCGGAAACGUGAAGCUUAAACUCCCCUGAUUAAUUCUCGUUUAAAGGGGCCCAAGAACGUACUGACAGCCAAUUUUAAAACUUACUAAAAACCGAUUUACACUACACAACGUUUGCCUAAAACUUUCGCAUGUAUUAAACCUGCUUACAAUUUGAAUUGUACUGUGUAUAAACCAAGCACGCGACUCGCCAAUGACAACGUACGUAGCCGAGUUGAGUGCUUGAUUUACACAGUACAACUCAAGUUGCAAUCACUAGGUUGCAUGCGACAGUUUUAGGCAAAAGUUGUAUAGUGUACAUCGGCUUUGAUAGUGAUUAAUCUAUUUUAGUAAACCAAAUCGAAUCAUUUUGCAAACGGUCCAUGGAGUUUCUCCACUUAAUUUUUCAUUCCAGAUGGGAUAAUGGGAACAGCGAAGGCACAUCCACUUUCAAUACCGAGAUUGUAUUUAUCUCCUUCGCCUUGCUUGUACGCACUUGUAACGAUUCUCAACCAUCCUUUCUCUCCCCAGGGCCUCCCCCAGGAGUUGCGAACAAUCCAGUAUUCAGUACCAUUCUCCACACCCCACCCGGCCACAGAUACAACAUGGUUGAUACCAAUAUCUUCGUUGUAUUCUGAGUAUAUCCCACCUUGAUAGGCAUCUAACUUGGGUGUGGCCAUGAUUCCACAAGCAAUAGGACCACGUUGGUGAAUUUCUGCUUUCAUCUUAUCUAGACCGUUAACGCGACCUGGUUUGAA